GCCGCGCUGCCGCCGGGUCUCCGGCCUUGAGGGCUCGGGCUCGCAGCGGCGGCGGUGGCCGCGAGAAGAGGCGGCGGGGGCGGGGGGAGAGGAGGGCCUGGGCCCGCACUCCCCCAGCCCCAGAGGAGCAGGCGGCGGCCGCGGACGGAGAGAUUCGCCCGGGCGGUCGGACACCCCUGCUGUACCCGCCUGGGAUCAUGACCCAGGCGGGGGUCGCCGCCGCCGCCGCCGCCGCGGCCGAGACCGCGCAGCCCCCGGUAAGAAGAAAACAUAACUUAUAGACCAUCUUCUGGCAGAAGAUGAUAGAUUUGGAUCAGAAACGGGAGGCGUUGGAAGCCAGGAAUCAAAAGUGAAGAAAUUCUGCAAGCCCUGGGUGAGAAAGGUUCCUAUCACUGUAACCAUGCCAGAAAUGACAGAGAAUGAGACUCCUACAAAAAAGCAGCACAGGAAGAAAAACCGGGAGACGCACAAUGCAGUGGAGAGGCACAGAAAGAAGAAAAUCAAUGCUGGGAUAAACAGAAUAGGAGAGCUGAUCCCAUGUUCCCCUGCACUGAAGCAGAGCAAGAAUAUGAUCCUGGACCAAGCCUUUAAAUACAUCACAGAAUUGAAAAGGCAAAAUGAUGAACUCCUGCUUAACGGAGGAAACAAUGAACAAGCUGAAGAAAUUAAAAAGCUACGUAAGCAACUGGAAGAAAUUCAAAAAGAAAAUGGCCGAUAUAUUGAAUUACUGAAAGCAAAUGACAUAUGCUUAUAUGAUGACCCCACAAUCCACUGGAAAGGAAAUCUUAAAAACUCAAAGGUCUCUGUUGUUAUUCCCAGUGACCAGGUUCAAAAAAAUAUCAUUGUUUAUUCCAAUGGGAGUCAGCCUGGUGGAAACAGCCAGGGAACAGCUGUUCAGGGGAUAACCUUUAAUGUUGGUCAUAAUUUACAAAAGCAAACCGCCAAUGUGGUGCCAGUACAGAGGGCUUGCAAUCUUGUGACUCCUGUGUCUAUUUCUGGAGUUUACCCUUCUGAAAACAAGCCAUGGCAUCAGACCACGGUUUCUGCGUUGGCUGCCAACCAGCCUGUUCCUCUUUGUCUUCCUGCUACCAUUUCUGCUCAAAAUAUUCUUGAGCUUUCCACCUCUGAAAGUGAAUCGAGCGUGCUUGGUGCCACCGGUGGCUCACUGAUCACUGUUCCCAUUGGGCCUGAACCUCACCAACAUCAUUCCUUGCACACAUGUCUAAAUGGUCAAAAUUCUUCUGAAAAUAAGAAUGGGCAAGAGAGCCCCAAAUUAUUGAAGAAAACGGUCCCUUGUGCCACAAGCAUCCCCUCCAGUUCCUCAGCAACUGCCAUUAAAGUGCACCAUGGAAGCAAGUCCUGCCUGAGCAUACAGGAUUUCAGAAGUGAUUUUCAAACCACCUUUGUUGUUUCAGUUGCCACCACAGUCUGCUCCCAGCCUCCCAGAUCUGCAGGUGAUUCUUGUCCUUCGAGCAUUGGCAAGGGUGCAGACACAACAAGUGUUACCGCAGUGGUGGCCCCAUCUGCCCCUGGAGGAGGGAAGACCACCACUCCUGUAAGCAGUCUUUCUGCAAACCCUUUAGACAAUGUCUGGACUCUUUCUUGUUCUUUGCCUUCUUCAGCUGUUAGUGCUUCAGAUUUGAAAAACAUUAAUAGCCUCACCCGCAUUUCCUCGGCUGGAAACACGCAGACAACGUGGACUACUUUGCAACUGGCGGGAAACACUAUUCAGCCCUUAAGCCAGACACCGUCUUCUACUGUGACUCCGGUAUUAAAUGAGUCUAGUACUAGUCCCACCACAACCAACCCCAGUAGACAUGUGGCUACAGGCAUCAACUUGAAUAAUUCCUUUCCAGGAGAUGGGCAACCAGUUGAGCAAGUAGUUGUCACCCUGCCUUCUUGUCCAUCUUUACCUAUGCAGCCACUAAUUGCCCAACCACAAGUUAAAUCUCAGCCUCCAAAAAAUAUCCUUCCAUUGAAUUCAGCAAUGCAAGUGAUCCAGAUGGCUCAGCCAGUGGGGUCGGCUGUUAAUGCAGCUCCAGCAAAUCAAAACGUUAUCAUUCUUCAGCCACCCAGCACCACCCCUUGCCCAGCAGUGAUGAGGGCAGAGGUUCCCAACCAAACAGUAGGUCAACAGAUAGUAAUCAUACAGGCAGCUAAUCAGAAUCCUUUGCCACUCCUCUCGGCUCCACCUCCUGGUUCUGUUCGAUUCCCUGUCAAUGGAGCCAAUGCUAUAAUAGGGUCUAAUAAUUCAGUGCAAAAUGUUUCGACCCCACAGACUUUUGGAGGAAAGCAUCUUGUCCACAUAUUACCAAGGCCUUCAUCUUUAUCAACAUCUAAUUCAACACAGACGUUUUCAGUUACCAUGUCAAACCAACAACAGCCUCAAACCAUUUCUUUAAAUGGACAGCUCUUUGCUUUGCAGCCUGUGAUGUCUUCAUCAGGAACUACAAAUCAAACCCCUAUGCAAAUUAUCCAACCCACCACCAGCGAAGAUCCAAAUACCAAUGUUGCCCUGAAUACAUUUGGCGCGUUGGCCAGCCUCAAUCAAAGCAUAUCGCAGAUGGCUGGCCAGAGCUGUGUGCAAUUGUCUAUUGGCCAGCCUGCCAAUCCUCAAACUGCUGCAAACAGUCAAACCACCCCAGCUAACUCCGUUUCAUUAACAACAACCAUAGCACCUCCCAUGACAACGGAAAAUUCAGCCACACUACCCAGUACUUAUAAUGUAGUGACUACUCCCUCAGUGAACACUGCAGCUUGUUUGCCUAACAUGAAGUCAAAGAGGUUGAAUAAGAAGCCAAGUGUCAAGAAACACUUAGCAGCUAGCAAGUCAGUGUGCCCCCAGAAUCCAGUCAGAGAUGUGGGCAAGUUAGACUGCCCCAGCGCUGAAGGCUCAGCAGAGCCGUCCUGUAGUGAUGAGCUGCUGGGGAGCCUCCCUGUGGUGUUACCAUCUGUGGCUGUGUCCCAGGAAAAUAGCGUGAAUGUUUCUGGUUCACAUUCUUUGGAUGUUCUGAAUUCUGAACCAGUGAUACCUGAGUCAGUACCCAAAUCUAAGUCAGCAGAAGAGUCUAGCUCGCCCUCCCAAGAAUCUGUAACAAGUGAACAUUUUGCAGUGGCCCCAGCAAAACCCAAAGAUUCUGCCCCCAUUUUGCAACGAGAGACAUCUCAGGAUAAGCCACCGACUAGUUUUGCAUUGUCAGAUGCUGCCAAAUCCUGCCCUUCAGCCCACGUGUUGAUUCCAUCUCCAAAUGAUCCCCAUAUUCUGGUUUCUCAGGUUUCUGGUUUGUCAUCUACCACAAGCACUACAAAUACUGACUGUGUUUCUGAGGUAGAAAUCAUUGCUGAACCUUGCAGGGUUGAGCAAGAUUUAUCAGCUACCAUGCAAACCACAAGUCUCUUAAAGGGGCAAGGUUUAACUGCAUUGCUCUCCGGUCUUGCUAAAGAAAAAGACCCCCAGAAGUCAUCUCUUCCAGUCCAAGUGGAUCAUUCUGACUUCUCUUCAGAAAAUUCUAAAAUAGUUGAUUCAAGUGUUGAUUUACAUCCCAAACAGGAGCUAUUACUGCUGAACAGUGAUGAUAGAGAUCCAGGACAGCAUCAUUCCUGCCUCCCUGACCAGGAGGUUAUUAAUGGUUCUUUGCUCACCAGUAGGCAGGCUGACUCUCCCAUGUCAACCAGCUCUGGCAGUAGUCGUAGUUUCUCAGUUGCAUCCAUGCUUCCUGAAACAACCAGAGAGGAUGUCACCAUCAACACAACAACUAAUACGUGUGACAGCUGUACCUUUGUAGAGCAAACUGAUAUAGUUGCUCUGGCAGCAAGAGCUAUUUUUGACCAGGAGAACCUUGAGAAGGGAAGAGCCGGCACCCAGGCUGAUAUAAGAGAAGUUACUUCAAAGCCUCCUGAAGCAUCAUCUUUAGAGGGAGACCAGCCUUUCAAAACACAGGUAUCUAAAGAGACUGACCCAGGACAGGCGGAAGCAACACCAAAUGAAUUUAAUUCUCAGGAUUCAGUUGAAGCAACUGUGGAUAGGCCCCUUGAAAAACCAAGUUGUUCUAUAGGAAUUAAAACAUCAAAUGCCUCUUUGCAGGUUUCGACUUCUCAGCCAUCAAGCAUCACCAGUUUAAGUGUGAAUAAUCUUAUCCAUCAAAGUAGCAUCAGCCAUCCUCUGGUCAGCUGUGCUGGCUUAGCCCAAACUUCAGAGCAAACUACCGUUCCUGCAACAGUGAAUCUGACUGUUGCAUCUAGCUCCUAUGGCGGUCAGCCUCCUGGGCCAUCUCUGAUGACCGAAUAUUCCCAAGAACAGUUAAAUCCUAUGACCGCUACCAUACCAAAUCCACAGAUUCAAGAGUCACUCUUAAAGCCAAGUCAUGAAAGCCGUAAAGACUCUGCUAAGCGUGCUGUCCAAGAUGACCUUUUACUCUCUUCAGCUAAACGUCAAAAGCAUUGUCAGCCAGCUCCCCUCAGGCUUGAAGGUAUGUCUCUGAUGAGCCGAACUCCGGACAGCAUUUCUGAUCAAACUCAAAUGAUGGUUAGUCAGAUCCCUCCCAACUCUUCAAACUCAGUUGUGCCUAUUAGCAACCCAGCGCACGGAGAUGGCCUUACACGAUUAUUUCCACCUAGUAACAACUUUGUGGCCCCUGCCUUGAGGCAAACUGAAGUGCAGUGCAGUUCUCAGCCUUCAGUUGCCGAGCAGCAGCAAACCCAGGCCACUCAGCAUCUCCAGGCCCUGCAACAGCAUGUUCCAGCUCAAGGGGUAUCUCACCUGCAUAGUAACCAUCUCUACUUAAAGCAGCAGCAGCAGCAGCAGCAGCAGCAGCAGCAGCAAGCAGGACAGUUAAGAGAGAGGCAUCACUUAUAUCAACUGCAGCAUCACGUACCUCAUGCAGAGAGCUCUGGCCUCUCUCAGCCCCAUAAUGUCCAUCAGCAGAGAACUCUGCAACAGGAAGUUCAGAUGCAGAAAAAGAGAAAUCUUGUUCAAGGCACUCAGGCCUCUCAGCUUUCCCUACAACCGAAGCACCAUGGAACUGACCAAGCCCGAUCCAAGAGUGGUCAGCCUCAUCCCCACCAUCAGCAGAUGCAGCAACAGAUGCAGCAACACUUUGGGAGCUCCCAGCCAGAGAAGAGUUGUGAAAACCCUUCAACUAGCCGGAGCCAUCAUAACCAUCCCCAGAACCAUCUCAAUCAAGAUAUUAUGCACCAGCAGCCGGAUGUUGGAAGCAGGCAGCAAGGUUCAGGGGUUUCUUCUGAACAUGUAUCUGGGCAUAAUCCAAUGCAGAGGCUUUUGACAUCAAGAGGCAUAGAGCAGCAGAUGGUGUCCCAACCAAGUAUUGUGACGAGACCUUCAGACAUGACGUGUGCUCCACACAGGCCAGAGAGAAAUAGAGUUUCAAGUUAUUCUGCUGAGGCACUCAUUGGAAAGACGUCUUCUAAUUCAGAGCAGAGAAUGGGUAUAUCAAUUCAGGGUUCCAGAGUCUCAGAUCAGCUUGAAAUGAGAAGCUAUCUUGAUGUUCCCAGAAAUAAAAGUUUGGCCAUUCAUAAUAUGCAGAGUCGUGUGGACCAUACUGUUGCCUCAGAUAUCCGCCUUUCUGACUGUCAGACAUUUAAACCAAGUGGAGCCAGUCAACAGCCCCAGAGUAAUUUUGAAGUACAAUCUUCAAGAAAUAAUGAAAUAGGUAACCCGGUAUCAUCAUUGAGGAGUAUGCAGUCCCAGGCUUUUCGAAUUAGUCAAAAUCCUGGUCCACCAUCGAUUGACCGCCAAAAGAGAUUACCUUAUCCACCAGUUCAGAGCAUCCCAACAGGAAAUGCUAUCCCACCAAGGGACAGUGAAAAUACAUGUCACCAAAGUUUCAUGCAGAGUUUACUUGCUCCUCACCUUGGUGAUCAGGUCAUUGGGAGCCAGAGAUCACUCUCAGAACAUCAGAGGAAUACACAAUGUGGUCCGUCUUCUGCAAUUGAAUAUAAUUGUCCACCAACUCAUGAAAGUGUCCAUAUUAGAAGAGAGAGUGACAGUCAGAAUAGGGAAAGUUGUGACAUGUCCUUAGGUGCAAUUAACACCAGGAACAGCACCUUAAAUAUUCCUUUUUCAAGUUCUUCUUCUUCAGGAGAUAUUCAGGGUCGAAACACAAGUCCCAAUGUUUCUGUACAGAAGUCCAAUCCCAUGAGGAUUACUGACAGUCAUGGAACCAAGGGCCACAUGAACCCUCCAGUCACAACCAACAUGCAUGGGGUUGCAAGGCCAGCUUUGCCGCAUCCAUCUGUGUCUCAUGGAAAUGCUGAUCAAGGGCCUCCUGUACGUCAAACUAAUUCUUCAGUUCCCCAGCGAUCAAGGCAUCUCUUGCAAGACAGCAGUGGUUCCAAAAUUCGUCAACCUGAGAGGAAUCGUUCUGGAAACCAAAGACAUAGUAAUGUCUUUGAUCCAAGUCUUCCCCAUCUUCCUCUGUCUACUAGCGGCAGUAUGAUUCUUGGACGCCAACAACCCACUACAGAGAAGAGAGGAAGUAUUGUUCGUUUCAUGCCUGAUAGCCCACAAGUACCUAAUGAUAACUCAGCGCCUGACCAGCAUACACUAUCGCAAAAUUUUGGUUUUCCUUUUAUUCCCGAGGGUGGCAUGAAUCCACCAAUUAAUGCUAAUACUUCUUUCAUUCCACAGGUCACUCAGCCCAGUGCCACUCGGACUCCAGCCCUCAUCCCUGUAGAUCCCCAAAAUACCCUACCCUCCUUCUAUCCCCCAUAUUCUCCUGCUCAUCCUACAUUGUCCAAUGAUAUUUCAAUUCCCUAUUUUUCUAAUCAAAUGUUCUCAAAUCCUAGCACAGAGAAGGUAAACAGUGGAAGUUUAAAUAACCGAUUCGGAUCGAUUUUAUCUCCUCCCAGACCUGUUGGGUUUGCUCAACCAAGUUUCCCUCUCCUCCCUGAGAUGCCACCAAUGCACAUGACCAACUCCCACUUAUCCAAUUUUAAUAUGACAUCUUUGUUUCCAGAAAUAGCUACAGCGCUUCCUGAUGGCUCAGCAAUGUCACCUCUGCUUACAAUAGCAAACUCCUCUGCCUCUGACUCUUCCAAGCAGUCUUCAAACAGACCUGCCCACAACAUAAGCCAUAUUUUAGGUCAUGACUGCAGUUCAGCUGUUUAGUAGUGACAGACUAAACCUAAAUGUAAUGGGUGAGACUACACAUGUAUUUGUGUGUGUAUACACACACACAUGCACAUGAAGAGAGAGAUUGUGUGUGCGUGUGUCUUUUUGUGUGUAUACAAUUUCCAGUUAUCUUCUGAAUGUGGGGAAGCCAUGUCAGAGAUGGUGUAAUCACUGGGUCGUCAAAAACAAAUUCUCUUUCAUUUUUAACUGCAUGGUGUGCUUUUUUAAUUUUCCAAGCAGAUUUACAUUUUCAAGUUUGAUCUGUGAUCUUCUAUUCCCUAAAUAUUAAUCAGCUGGAAAUUGGGGGAGAUCAUCUUGGUAUGUGCUGGGUAAUAGGAAGAAACCUAGAUUUUAAACUUGAUUAUUGAUAAUUUGUAAAAUAGAUGGUUGAAUUGCUCUCCAAAAAUCCAGACAGUUCAGUACAACAGUGACUCAUAACCAAAUGCUGGCCGAUGGCAGCAGCUAGGACAGUUUCUUACCCAUGGCAGGUGCUGAACUGAUGUAGAACGAACGUCCAUGGUUUAAGUUAGGCAGUUGGGAAAUCAGUGAGUUCUUUAAUCAGCUUUCAUUCCCAAGGUUUGGUUAGAGUAGAGGCUUCUUUCUUAAUUGUAACAAUUCAUGAAUUACCUGAAUUUCAUGUCUUGUUUUUCAAAUUAGGGAGCUACGUUAUCCUCAAAUGUGCCAAGAUCCCGUAAAGCAAAGAUCUUCCUUAAACAAUUAGCCUUAAAAAUAGAAAGCUAAAAAGCAAAGGAUGUCGAUGUUCUCCAUUUGUCCUUGUGUUUUGUAUCAGGCCAUAAGGACGAAAGCAGUGGCGUAGUGGGUUUUCACAUGUGUUUAGUGAAAGGUUGUUCUUUCAUCAAUUGAAUUGUAUUUUAGUAUUCUCUCUUCGUCCUAUUUAUUUGAUCUUGAAAUAAAUUCUUUUCCAUUUGUUUAAUCAUUAGGGACUGAUCAGUAAAUAGUGUGUUUGGAAUCUACACAGUUAUUUGAGCCUUACUUUUUAAAUAUUUCUGAGAGAGUCUUAAGCUCUGUCAGUAUUUUCAUUUACUGAUAUUUAUAUUUAAAAUAUGGCAUUGUAUAUUGCAUUAUUAUCCUUCAUAGUAGAGUUAUAAUGAGAAAAUGAAUUUGUUCCUUAUUUUUCCAGAUGGUAGAUGUGAAAUGGUGCUUCAAAAAAUUGUCUUUGUAUAUGUCCAUAUGUGUGUCUGAGUGUGUGUACACAGACAAAUUUUAAGGUAUAUACUGGUCCUCUGAAAAGAGGCCUGCCAUCUAAAUGGGAAAUUGAGACCUGAGACCUGCUGAAGUAUAGAAAAACUUAAUGCAAGGGUUUCAAAAAGCCUCACAGAAGUUAGUAAUAAAUUAAAAAGCGUGUAUAUACUCACGUAUUAAAUUUUGAAAAAUUUCUUAAAAACUAAGAAAACAACCACAUAUACUCAUAUUCUCAGACUCACUACUUGUUGUUGUUCUGUUCUGCCAAAAAUGGGACGGAGUCGGGGAGAUGCAUAUAAAUUGUUCUGUCUGCUCAGUUAACAAAAUGAACCCAAGGACCAGAGUUUUAUUUUUUCCUCCUUAAAAAAGCCUCCCAAGUCUUGGUGAGAUCAGUGAACUGCAGCCAAUACCUGUCCUAACGACCCAGCCCGAGGGCCGUCCGUGCCUCUGCACCUGUUCUCGCCAGCCCUUCCUGGCUCUUCUGCAGCCACCGAAGCAGCCUCCGGGGGCAAAAAAAAAUAGCGCAAACAAGAAAAACUCCUGUAUUUUCUCCCUUCAGGAUGGUCAUGGGGAGGAAUAAGAGAGCUUCGUGAAUAAGUUACUUAACAAAGGCUGCAGACAGACACAGCAGUGAAAACUUUUAAUUGAGAAAAAAAUGUGAGAUUUAUGUCUGACAAUUUCAAGGACAGUUUUCAAUGCGUUUGACUAUUCAUUCUCUCUCCCUCCCUCCCUCUCUCUGUCUCUCUGUCUCUGUCUCUCUCUCUUUCUCUCUCUCUCUCUCUCUCUCUGUCACACACACACACACACACACACACACACACACAUCCACACACAGCACAGGGACUGUUAGAUGUAAUUGGAACCAAGGUAACAGGCUAAAGAGAAGCUUAGUUUGAAUGCUGCAAUGGAAAGACCUCGCAGCCUGGUACUUCCAGAUAUUUCUCUGUUGCAUUGAUUGUAUUUUUCUGCUCAGCUCUGUUCAGAGAUAGCAUUUACAUUUCUCAGAGCUUUCAUUCCAAGCAUCUAACACUUGGAUCCCAAAUGAGUCUCUACCCCUAAGUAAGGCUUAUUUGACCAUCUGAGGAAAGACAUGACCAUCUGCAAAUAAUUUGGCUCCUGCAUACAUGUAGCUCUAACUGUCUUACAAACGUGUGCAAAUAUAUGUAAGAGGUCAUUUUAUGUAUGAACUCAAUUCUGAAAGUGUUCAGAGCAUAGUAAUCUUAUUUGACUUAAAAGCACAAGUGUGUGAGAUUCACCAGCAGUAUUAAGUGUUUGAUAAUUAGAACUACAUGAUUUGGGGGAGGAAAUUUAUUACUUAAUACCUAGCAAUCUCUGGAUAUAAUUUUUGGCAAAGCAAUGGCAGAGAACAUGGUCAAUUUUGGUUAUCAUAAAUUUAAUGUUAUUCCUAGCUCACUAAUAUAUUCCCAUAGAAUGUAAAACCAUUUCCAUAAAUAAUUUUGUAAUUUCUGGAAAUAUACAAACUUACGAAUGAGUCAUAAGUGAGAGCCAUUGAUAAAUCAUUCUCCUCUCUUUUAGUGUUACUGAUCAUAUAGAAUCAGUUACAGAAAAUCGUUGCUUCCUCUAAACAUUUAGUACAGUAACUUCUAAUGAGGUGAAAAUUUUCAGAUUUCUCAUCAUGUAUAAACUUUUAAUGUCAAUCAUGGAUAGAAGAAAUCAAGUUUGAAGUCAUUUCUUUUUUUGGUACAUACAGGUUGUUUGGGGAUGUUUUAUACCGCUUCAGGAAAUUUAUUUUUGUUUUUAUUGUAAGACAUUUUGGGGGUACCAGAGAUGGCACCCUUUUUCUAAGUAAGGAGUGAGAAUUCCGGAGUGAUUGUGCUUUAUAAAAUUUAACAUACCAGAACUGUGGAAAGAGAAGAAUGAGGAGGGCAUGUUCUUUUGCAGCAAUUUCCAGUCACAUAUCAGGGUGAACUGCAAUGAGGAUCAGCUUUUUAAAAUCAGCCUUCUUAAAUACACAGUUAUUUAAACAUUUUAAAGAUAAUUCAUUUGCCUUGUUCUUGCCUUCUAACGUUAGCCAUUUCAUGGAGAGGCUAAAGUUUAUACUCCAAAAAAAUGUGGAAACAUAUUUUAAUAGGAGUAAAGUUUUAAAAAUUGGAGAAAGGGUAAAGACUUACUAAUAUGCAUCUUCUUAGCUUUAUUCUUUCUUUGAUACAUAGAUCCCUAGGCCCUCAUGUUCUUCCGUCUGCUCCCUAUCAAACAGGUGGCAGGGAACCUGGUCAUUUCCUUAGCAGGAUCGUUACUCCUUUGCCUUGCCAAGUUUCUUGGGUUAGUUUAUUGGGUUGGUGUGUGAUAGGGAGUCAUACUCCCAAGGUGUGAUCCUCAGUUCUUGGCUUUGGGAACCACUAGUCUCCUAUUCUAUUAAGAGGCAACAAGAAUUUCUUGAACUAAAAAUAGUUCACAGUUGAUUUAAAAUAUCGAAUGUGCCAUAUCGCUCUGUUCCUUGUUUUGGUGAGCUUGUUUUUUUCCCAUGGAGGAGUGAAGAAAAGGCAAAGGUGGUACCAAAAUCAGAUGACUUUGGGUUGAUAUCCUUAGGAAGCUGGAAGUCAUUGUAAUUCUGUUGUGUGUAUCAAUCCUGUCUUUGGAGAUAAUCGCCCAUGGCUGUGUACAUCCAGUGGGCAAUAGUAAUAGCCAGAUACACUAGUGUGAAGUUAAUCUGUGAAUGAUGAUUUUAUGAUACCUAUACGCAAAUUAAAGGCCAGAAAUUAGUUUCUUCUUGAGAUAGCUUUUUGGCUGGAGUGCUACCAUUUCUCCUUCCCCAGAAUUCAACAGAAAAGGGUCUCUCUCUUUUUUUUUUUUUUUUUUGUGGACUUAACCAUAGUCUCCCUGCAUUCUACACUUCCUGUGUGAGCUUGAGAGUUUCUACUAGAGUCUGUGGGGGACAUCAGGUUUCGAGUGAGGCAGUCCAGACAUGCUGGUAAGAAGUGGUGAAGACCUUCUUGGACACAGAGCUCCUAGUUCUGCCCACACGCCUCUACCCUGGUACUGCACUUGACCUGAAACUGUGCCUCUGGUCCUAAGACCAGCCGUUGGAACAUAUGUCUCACCUGCUCCUCUCUUGUAGCAAAGGACCAGCUGGGAUGGUACAUGCUGCGCAGUUCAACACCUAGAAGACAAGUACAGCGCAUGUUUCUCACUGUUGCCUUAUCAUUCUCUGAGCCAUCUUUAAUGCCGAUCUUAUAAAAAACUUAGUAGUUAGAAGCAAAACUCCUUUUAAACUCAGAGCUUGUAUGUGGUGGUCAUUCAACAUCCUUAUUUCUAGAUUUGCACAAACCCUAUCAACCGUGAUCUUUUUCUGGCACAUACAUGUAUUAAGAUGCUUCAUAAACAUGAGCCAACUUGGGUUGAAAAUAUUGGGAAUAAUAUCCAAAUUGGUGUUACUUUGGAUGACUGCAUAAUCUGUCACUAGGGAUUUCAUGAGGCGUAAAAGAUAACUUCAUUUGUAAUUUAAAACUUAAAAAAAAUUAUUAUUACUAUUAUUUUUUGGCUCAGUUUUGUGUACAGCUACACGCCGUACUAUGUCAUAGGAACUUAAUGUUUACUCCAUGUAAAUCCCCUCUUCACUUUUCCGGAUCUCUGUUCCCCUAUCCCCUAAGUCUUAAAACCAUUUUCCAUCUCUGAGGUCACUGAGGCACUGGGCUUGACUAUGUUGGUAACCUUUAAGGGGAGUUGAACUGCUGAUUUUUCCAAGAAGAAAGGGACCAGACAGUGUUGCUUAAAAUGCUGCAGAUGUGUUACUGUGAAGAAGAGAUUGCUUCCACUUUCAGCAGGCCAUAUAUAUAUAUAUAUGUAUACAUUUUGGUAAAAAUAGGUGGAAAAAUCUGAGAACAUAAUUACCUUCACAAAUUAUUUAUAGAUACACUGGGUGAGAAGCUUACUGUAGGGCAGUCACCAGAAAAAACCUAACUGUAGUGUCAUAUUUGUAUGUAUUCCCAUGCCAGCAAUAUCUGCUGUGCACUCUGUCCCAUUACUGUAAAUCCCCUGGUUUAUAAUUCUAAUGGGAAUUAAUUUGUUUUGUAAUGGAAUCCAGAGCAGAUAUGUAUAAUAUGAUCAGGAUUGUCCUACAGUUGUAAAUAAGAAUAGGUCCUGUUUAUUUUGACAUCUUUUUACAAAUGCAUUGUAUUAGGGUGUGAAUAUUCUGAACCAUGCUCUUGUUUAAAGUUUUGAAAUUUUUAUUGGUAAAUGUAACAUUUUAAUGGUUGUAAUAAUUAUUUGUAUAGAUAUGAAUAUAGUAUUUUAUUUAAGAAAAUAAACUUUGCAUUUUUGCAUUGUGAA